AUGAAGGUUUCUGCUGUUAUGACCACCCUGAUGGGCGCCGGACUAGUUGCCGCUGCUCCUCUUGCACCAGGUAUAUCUGCUAUUAUCAUCCCCUCGGACCUGUCUUCGCCUCCCUCUCUGCCCUCCGGCACCGACGUCCCUCCUCCUCCCUCUGGAACAGACAUUCCUCCCCCCAAGCCCACCGACGGCAACCAGAAGCGCGACGGCCAGCCCCCGGUUCCCUCUGAGUCCGAUUUUCCUCCUCCUUCUGGCACUGAGGUACCUCCCAUUCCUCCUUCGGUCACCAACCCUCUUCCCAAGCCUACCGACAGAAAUGAGAAGCGUGAUAAUCAGCCCCCUCUCCCUCCGGCAGCGAGCUGCCUCCUCUGCCCUCCGGCUCUGACAUCCCCCCUCCUCCUGGCUCGUCUGGCGUCCCUCCUUCCCCCAAGCCUACUCAGGCUUAAAUAUUUCUAG